AUGGUUAGAGGCAAGACAGGCUUGAUGAUCAGGUUCUGGUGCUUAGUGCUCUUAACUCUGUAUCUAGUAGUGCACCCAACAACGAGUUCCAAGGAUCAGAGCAAAGCCUGUCCACCAUCUCACUGCGGCAUUAUCACAAACAUCUUAUAUCCAUUUCGUCUCCCCGAUGACCCACCCUAUUGUGGCCACCCGAGCUACGAGUUAACCUGUGAAAACAAUGUCACUCUGCUUCAAUUGUACAAUGGAACAUACCAAGUCCUGGGAAUCAACUACAGCAACUACACAAUCCGACUCAAAGAUCCUGGCAUUAGCGAGGAUGACUGCUCCUCCCUCCCUCGCUAUUUCUUAUCCCGAUCUAAUUUCACCGACACCUACGUAGAUCCCUCCCUUUAUGAUAACAAAGAUCCAUACGGCGGCACACUGAGAAGACCGUCGCCAAUCGAUUCCGAACCUAUAUUCAAUCACGUCAUUUACCUGAACUGUAGCGAUCCGGUGAGGGACGAUGCAGCCUACGUGGAUACGGCUCCGUGCGUGAAUUGGGAAUCCAAAGAGGGAGGAGGAGGCCAUGUUUAUGCUGUGGCUGAUUAUGACUUGGUGGUUGACGAGUUGAAUGCUGAGUGUUGUGUGAAAUUAGUGGCCACCAUUGCUUCAGAUUGGAGCUCAGAACUCCGCAAGGGGAAAUACCAAUCGUACGCUGAAAUUCACAGAGCAUUUUUGUAUGGUUUUGAGAUUUCAUGGUGGCCACGAGCUUGUUUUGAUCUUGACUGUCCAUCUCACAAGCCUUGCGCGUACGACGAUUACAGGCAAAAGGUCAUAUGCACUAAUGGAGUUGAUGCCACCUGCUACCGUGUCUUUGGAUUUGAUCUCUUUUGUGGAAAGGCAACACGGCUGAGCUUUGGUUUAGAAGCAUAUCUCGCUGGCAUUACUGCAGGUUUCCCAUCUUCUGAGGAUAUUCAUAUGGACGCAGACAUUGAUCACCAUUUGGCUGAAUACUAUUACAAUGAUAACGACGAUAGUCCAAAAUUCAGUCCAAUACACCUUGCAUUUGUCUUAGGAAAAAUCACAGGAAGAUAUAUUUUGCCAUACACAAUUUUAAGAUAUAUAGUUGGCAUAUUACUUCUUCUACUGUUGACGAUUUACACAUUUAGAAGAAGACACUUAUCAGCAUAUGAAAACAUUGAAGCUUUUAUCAGACUUUAUAACCUCAUUCCAUUAAGGUACUCCUACAAGCAAUUAAAGACAAUGACAAAAGGUUUCAAGACUAAGAUAGGUGAAGGAGGCUUUGGUAUUGUGUACAAAGGCAGGUUAAGAAGUGGACUUGAAGUUGCGAUUAAAAUGUUGGGUGAAUCCAAAGCUACUGACCAAGAAUUUAUCAGUGAAGUUGCAACCAUUGGGAGGAUACAUCACUUCAAUGUGGUACGUCUCGCUGGUUUUUGCGUGGAAGGAACAAAGCGUGCUCUUAUUUAUGAAUUCAUGCCGAAUGGAUCUUUGGAUAAACAUAUUUUUUUCAAAGAAGGAUGCAUAAGUUAUCACAAAAUAUAUGAGAUAUCCUUAGGAGUGGCUCGUGGGAUCGCUUAUCUUCAUCAUGGCUGUGACAUGCAAAUAUUACAUUUUGACAUCAAGCCCCAUAAUAUUCUUCUUGAUGACAACUUGAUCCCAAAAAUUUCAGAUUUUGGACUAGCAAAGUUAUAUUCUAUUGAUGAUAGCAUUGCCACUUUGACUGCAGCAAGAGGAACAAUAGGGUACAUGGCUCCUGAGUUGUUCUAUAAGAAUAUUGGGAAAGUGUCUUAUAAAGCUGAUGUUUAUAGUUUUGGAAUGCUUUUAAUGGAAAUGGCGAGCCGGAGAAGAAACUUGAAUCCAUGUGCAGAGCAUUCAAGCCAGGUAUAUUUUCCAUUAUGGAUUUAUGGCCAAUUUGAUGAAAAAAAAGACAUAGACAUGGAAGAUUUGAUAGAAGAGGAAAAGGUUUUGGUGAAGAAAAUGUUCAUUGUAGCGCUUUGGUGCAUACAACUUAAUCCUUCUGAUCGCCCUUCCAUGAACAAAGCAAUAGAAAUGUUGCAAGCAGAUGAUGUUGAAAGUCUGGAAUUGCCUCCAAAACCUUCCAUAUAUCCUGAUGAUGAUGACAGACUCAACUUUGACCUACAAACAACAUCUUUAUUCCCCACAUGUUCUUGUAGCAAUCUAGGUGAGGAUGCAAGUGAUGAUGACUUGAAAUAAUACUGAUCUACAGCUAUAUAUAUAGAGAGAGAGGAGCUGGUCAACGCUAGUAAGUUUUUUAAGUUGUAUUUGUAUUUCAUAACAAAACUCAGUUAUAUAUCAUUGUCCUGAUUUGGGUUUAGCUCUUAUAAUUUAAUGUCCUAUUUAUACUUUUAUUAGUGAUGUAAUGAUAUGUACAAAUAGUCAAAUACAAUGACUAUCAAUCUCUUUGAACUUAAUUACACAUGUAGCUAGGAUUGA